AUGGCAUUGAAGAGAAUCAACAAAGAGCUUACAGAUCUGGGCCGUGACCCACCGUCGUCCUGCUCCGCUGGUCCUAUCGGAGAUGAUCUGUCAGAUUCGCCAUACUCUGGAGGUGUCUUCUUCCUCGCCAUCCACUUCCCAACCGACUACCCGUUCAAGCCCCCCAAGGUUAACUUCACCACCCGCAUCUACCACCCAAAUAUCAACUCCAACGGUUCCAUCUGUUUAGACAUUCUCCGAGACCAGUGGUCCCCCGCCCUGACCAUCUCGAAGGUCCUCCUCUCAAUCUGCUCCAUGCUGACUGACCCCAACCCCGAUGACCCACUCGUCCCCGAAAUCGCCCACGUCUACAAGACCGACCGCUCCCGAUACGAGGCCACGGCACGAGAGUGGACACGCAAAUACGCCAUCUAG